GUUCCCCAGCCUUCUCCACUGCCGAAACUCUUUGAGCAAAGCAAGGAUUCUCUCCAGGCCACUUCGAUCCUCCCACAAAUGCAAUCGUCUUCCCUCCUGCUCUUGUCUGAAACUCGUCUCUUCGUUGUCGAAUUGAAUUCCACCCACCUCGUCUUCGAUCCAGCAGAGUCGGACUGAAAUUGCCGGGGGGGCGGGGCGGGGCGGGCGGAGAAGGGAAGAAGCGAAGCGGGGGGAAUGGCGACGGCGGGCCUUUACCGGCGAGUCCUCCCUACUCCUCCGGCGAUCGAUUUCGCCUCCGAUGAAGGGAAGAAGCUCUUCAUUGAAGCCAUCCAAGCUGGGACGAUGGAAGGAUUUUAUAAGUUGAUCUCUUACUUUCAAACACAAUCAGAGCCUGCAUAUUGUGGAUUGGCUAGCCUCUCAAUGGUCUUGAAUGCCCUUGCCAUCGACCCCGGAAGGAAAUGGAAAGGUCCUUGGAGAUGGUUUGAUGAGUCUAUGUUAGACUGUUGUGAGCCUCUGGAAAAAGUUAAAGCUGAAGGCAUAUCGUUUGGGAAGGUAGUAUGUCUGGCUCAAUGUGCUGGAGCUGAAGUUGAAGCAUUACGGACUAGUCAAACCACUGUAGAUCACUUCCGUCAGUUUGUUAAAAGAUGUUCUUCGUCAGAUAAUUGUCACCUAGUCUCAUCAUAUCACAGAGCCGCUUUAAAACAGACAGGAACUGGCCAUUUUUCUCCUAUCGGUGGUUAUCACGAGGGAAGUGACAUGGUACUGAUAUUGGAUGUUGCGCGUUUCAAGUAUCCUCCUCAUUGGGUUCCACUUCCUCUCCUCUGGGAAGCCAUGGAUACUGUUGACAAGACAACUGGACAAAGAAGAGGGUUCAUGCUUAUAUCCAGGCCAAAGAGAGACCCUGGGCUGCUUUAUACCCUGAACUGCAAACAUGAAAGUUGGGUUGGUGUUGCAAAGUACUUGAUGGAUGACGUUCCGCAUCUGUUAAAGUCCGCGGAUGUGAAAGAUGUCAAUGGCAUUCUCAGUAUUCUUUUGGCAUCACUCCCGUCUGAUUUCGAGAAAUUUAUCCAGUGGGUUGCUGAAGUUAGGAGGGAAUGGGAUGGUGGUAUAGCGAUAAGCGAAGAAGAAAAACGAAGACUUGCGAUCAGGGAAGAGCUGUUAAAGCAGGUUCAAGAUACUGGUUUUUUCAAGCACCUAGUUAAUUUUUUGUCUUCAACUUCAUGCUGCAGAAGAGUACCAGUUUUUGGUGGCAAUGAAAAUCUUCAUGAAAUUGCAGCCAACGCCUAUUGCCAGGGGGCAGAAAUUUUAAGCAGAAAAUCUGGCACCUCAAGCUGCUCUUGCUGUCGUGAAGCUUGCCUUAAAUGCGAGAAUGUCGAUGGUCAAAAAACUGUGUUGGUGCCAAGUGCAACAAUUGUGAAUGGUAAAAACAAGGAAAAGGUCAACAUGCUGGCCCCACAAUCUCUGAUGGAACUCUUUUGUGGUGCCAUGGAUCCCAAAAACUGUACUAGCACUCAACCGGUUGGAAGCAAUAUCUUAACUGCACUUCUGUUGACGUUGCCACCUGAAACCUGGUGUGGUAUCAAAGACGAGAAACUUCUGGAGGAAGUACAGAGCCUUGUUUCAAUGGAUAAUCUUCCUGCCAUGCUUCAAGAAGAGGUUUUACACAUGCGGAGACAGCUUUACAUUCUGAAGAAGUGUCGAGAGAACAAGUUGGACGAGAACCUCUCUGCCCCGUGCACAUGGGGUUCCUCUUAGAGUUAGAUGAGUGUUGUGUAUGAAAUCCAAGAUAAGCAUGGCAAUUCUAAUAUUGCCUCAGCUUUAGGGAAGGACGAUGCAUCAAGAAAGAACCACUUACAGUAUGUUAAGCAGGGAAGCAGUUUCCACUCACCGGAGCUGUCUCUAUUGAAGUAAGAUGACCUAAUUGGGACAUUGCAAUAUGGAAGUCGCUUCAAAUGGCAUACAAGCUGUAUAGGAGUAAAUUUCGUUUCAGACUACAAAUUUUUUUUUUGUCAGGUCACUUCCUGGAAUUUGAGGCCAACACCAUUGUUGGCAAAAGAAGAUUUAAAAUUAUCUAACGAGGCAUGUAGCUGAGGCAUACAAUGCAGUGACUCCAUUUAGCUAGCUCUGAUAGAAUUCACCU